AUGACUGUUCGAUGUCGUACCAUUUUGUGCAUUCUUUUACUAUUUAUUGUUGGAGCACAAACGCUUGUCGAUUAUGAUUCGGACUCUGGACGGAGAUUCUUGAUCUGGGCACUAUGUAUCGGAGCGACAAAUCCUCAGAAGUGUGUUGAAACAGAAUUUUAUGGGCAACUGAUCCUUGCUACGUUUGAAGCGGAUUGUUCAGAUUUGGUGUUUGGUGGAACAUGUCGAGUUGUGAUCGAUGUUGAUGAUGGAUACACUUUGCUAGGAAUCACAUUCAAGGCUGAAAGUAACAUUGAGAGCACAACAUCCACUCUACUCAAUCAACAAACCCUUUUGAAUUUCGGAACUUAUGGACAAGUGCAAACAGAUUUUCUGACGGCAUUCGGAAGAAUUUGGAACAAUGGAAUGGGUGCUUAUAUGAGAAAUCUGUGGACCGAGUAUUGUGAUUUGUAUAUCUCGUUCAGUGGUUACUCAAUGGGCGCUUGCUUGGCACAGAUGGCUGCAGUUCGGUUUCAAGAGGAGCAGUGGUGGCCAGCGGAACAGAUGUUUUAUUUUGGAUAUGGAGCGCCACGAUGUGGAAAUGAAGAUUUUGCCUACUAUGUGGACACCAGUUUAGCCGAUAAGUUCAACAUUGUCUGGUUCAAUGAUGCGAUUCACGAUUAUCCAACUUCAACGUGCACAUUUGGAAAUGCAGCUGCAAUGGGUCAAUGUACCAACAGUUAUUUCUCAUGUUGUACAACAAUUCAUUAUACCUCCUGGUCAAGUGUAGCUCUCAACACCUAUUCUACCUGCACUUCCAACACAUGUCCUGUUGCUACCGGUACUGCAUCUGAUCAUUACACCUAUUUCGAAACAACAGCUGCCGAUGUGAACAGUUUGACAUGCACAGACACCAAAAAGUUCCCGUGA